AUGGUUCUUCAAAAUAAAAUAGAUAAUCAAGAAAUUUCAGAAGUUCAUAGUCCAACAAAAGCUUCUGGAAAUGAAAUUAGAAUGAUUGGAAAUAGUAAUUUAAACCAAAUGAAGAAAUCUAAAAUGAAGUAUAUGAAGGUGUCAUUGUAGACUAAAUAGCUAUUACAUUAAAUGGUUUAGAGAGAAGGAAUGAAAAUUAAAGAAGUAAUGAUUUUUAACUAUAUGACAUUUAUAUAGGCUGCUAAAAUUCUUGGUAUCAAGUAUGCAACAGCAAAAACUAUAGUGUACCAUAGAAGACUUAAGCGUAUAGAGAAGGGAAAAUGUGGAAUAAGAAUGUGUGGUUAUACUGAAUUGGUUGAUAGUAGAAUUUCUCGUUUACAGAUCAUUUCAAUAACUGGAAAUGAUGUGAAGUAUUGUAAGGAGUAUAUUCUGUGA